AGAAGGGCUCGGGGAUGGAGGCCGGCCUGACCUCUCCGCCUCAGUGGGCUGGGUUGGGUGCUGGAGCAUUGCUCCUACUGCCGAUCCUGCUGCUGGCAGCGCUGGAAACUGGGUGGACGGCAUGGGUUGGUCUCAGGAUUUGUUCCGCGCCUUGUCGAGAUCACUGUCAAGGGAAGUGAAGGAGCACGUGGGCACGGACCAGUUCGGGAACAAAUACUACUACAUCCCGCAGUACAAGAACUGGAGAGGACAAACUAUUCGAGAGAAGAGAAUUGUAGAAGCAGCAAAUAAAAAAGAAGUAGACUAUGAAAUAGGGGAUAUUCCAACAGAAUGGGAAGCUUGGAUUAGAAGAACAAGAAAGACUCCACCUACUAUGGAGGUAAGACUACACAAGGAAGAUAUCAUUUAA